AUGGGUGGCAUGAGUCAGACCGAGUCAGAGGUGCGGGACCACAUUGGUGGUCGAGUCAUAGGAGGAACGUGCAUAGAGGCGGGCAAUGUGAGGGACAGGAAUGGUCCCGAGGAUCCGGUCAACAGAAAGUCGGUAAAGGAGGACAAGCCGGAUGCUGGCCGCCAAGCAUCAGGUCGUAUCUUGGACGAGCUCACAACUAUUCUCAAGUACAAAGACUUAGAGGCUGUGCAAGCAGAAGGGAUAUCUUUUAGUUUUCUCCCUCGCUCUACCACUGUCCCAAAUGGCACACUUUUGUGCAACGGCAAGUCCGCUAGGGACAGGAACAGAAAAGUCGCACCAAUGAUCAUCAGCGAGAAGUUUGCUGAAGCUGGCCAUCCACUCAAAACCUCAAACAACAGGUGGUUGGACAUGCUCAAUACUCUUUAUGUUGAGCAGCUUUUCAUCCUUAACUGGCUGACCAGUGUACCGCCCCCCGGCCCCGAUUUUGAUCUCAAAGCGUUGUCAGCGAGCCAGUUGUGUGCACUGGUAGUUCCUUACCUGAGGAUGCAUCUUGGGGCAAUGUACGAGGUUGACUUAGGUCAAGAUGAUGAGGACAACAAUAGUGAGGCAGAAACCAUGAAGACAAAGAAGUGUAAGGGUAAAUCCAAGAAGUCAAACGACAACAGAAGGACAAAGGGUACAAUAGUAGAGCAGCCGGACAUUGUGUUGUCCAUUAGAGAGUGGUCUGAGUAUGAUGUUAAACAUUUAGAGUCUCAGUCUCCCUCAAUGUAUUUGAUCCCCCUGGUCAUUGACACGAAUGGCGAGGUCCUCCGUGAGCUUCAGGACUUGGUCAAGUGUUCCAAGGACUUCCCCCUCCCAGAUCAAGCUAGUACCAAGCAGGUAACUGAAGAGCUCCCUUCGUCUGACCAAGAAGCUGUGCACUCGACUCCAGUAGCUUCGCGCCCAACCCAGGUGGCUCCGUGCCCAACCAAAGUAGCUCUGCACCCAACCCAGGUGGCUUCGCGCCCAACUCAAGUAGCUCCACGCCCAACCAAAGUGGCUUCAUGCCCAACCCAGGUAGCUCCACACUCCAAAAGUUCAGUGUAUUCCAUGCGCCUGGCGCAGCCAUCUUUUCAGGAUAAGGAUGACCAGAGUGUAGGACCUGUGGAAGAGGAUGACAAGGGUGAUUCGGAUUGUGGACCUGUGGAAGAGGAUAACGAGGGUGAUUCGGAUUGUGGUGAGAUUGGAGAUAAUGAACUGAUGGAUGCAAUUGAAGACAUUGCAUUGGUGGAUGAGUAUAGGUAUGAUAUAGACCCUGAUGAUGACCUAGAUGACAUUGAAGAUGAUUUUAUGCCAUCAUCCCCUACAAGAUGUCCUACGAGAUAG